UUACGCAUCAAGCAAUCCUGGAUAAUCCGGGGCUAUCAAUCUGUUUCGGUUGCUUUCACCUUGAUAUAUCUAAUAAUACCAUCUGCACGGCCCGUCUUGUUUCAACUUAGUUUCCCUCCAUCUUGAUACCGCACUCCGCCGCGCGUCUGAGAACGUGGCUUUUUGCAUACUCUCCAGCCCUAUCGGAGCAUCAGAACAAAUUUGACAAAUUCCAGACUGCGCUUCUUUCUCCCGAUCUUGUCCCUUGAUGACGGGAUGAUAAGGAUCACGAACCCGGUUUGAAUGUUUCCUCGUUCUGACAGAGCAUGAGAGAUGUCAAGGUCCGCAACGCCUGCGCUACCUUUGCAUAAUGCCCAGGCUUCGAGACCAUCAUCGACAGCCCCUGUAACAGGCGUGCGGUCGCCAUCAACGUCCACAUCAACGUACUCCUUACUAGGUCCCGAAGAAACCGCGGAGCGCCUACAGACAUCUCUCCUUCACGGACUUACACCGGCAGAGGCAGAGAUACGAUUAUUGCGAGAUGGACCAAAUGAAUUGCCCCAUGAAGAACCCGAGCCCUUGUGGCUUCGGUUUCUCAAGCAGUUCAAGGAGACACUAAUCCUCCUCCUGUUGGCGUCCGCGGCCAUCUCAUUCUUCAUGGGCAAUUACGAUGACGCCGUCAGCAUUACCCUCGCUGUGACUAUUGUGGUGACCGUCGGAUUCGUUCAGGAGUACAGGUCUGAAAAGUCCUUGGAGGCAUUGAACCGUCUCGUACCCCAUCAUGCACACCUCAUCCGCGACAUCCCUCCUUCGAACGCUCCUCUUGUGAAUAACUCUACGACCGCGACUUUAGGGCCGGAUAUCGAAUUGGAGGACCUUGCAAGCAAGAGCCCCAGCUCGGCAUCGGCGGCUAUUAAAGCUUCGAGUACUGUUCUGGCCUCCGAACUAGUCCCCGGUGAUUUGGUUCUAUUUACCACCGGCGACCGCAUUCCGGCGGACAUACGUAUUACUGCAGCUACUGACUUGACCAUUGACGAGUCGAACUUGACUGGCGAGAACGAGCCUGUGGCCAAAUACCCCGAGGCACUUCGCAGCACCAAGGCCGCAGUCUCCCACUCUCCCAAAAUCGUUAGCCCGCCUCGGUCGCCGUUCUAUGACGCUCCCGCCAGCGGCGCCGUUGGCGCGGAUAUACGGUUGAAUGAACAACAUAAUAUUGCAUUCAUGGGGACUCUCGUGCGAUCAGGGUACGGCCAGGGUAUUGUCAUUGGCACUGGUGCCAAGACAGAGUUUGGCAGCAUUUCGGUGUCACUCCAGGAGAUCGAGAGCCCGCGCACGCCACUCCAGCUUUCAAUGGAUCGUCUGGGCCAGGAAUUGAGCUAUAUUUCCUUCGGUGUGAUUGCGUUGAUUGUUGUGAUCGGGUUAGUGCAGGGUCGAAAGCUCCUCGAGAUGUUCACCAUCGGUGUUUCUCUCGCGGUCGCUGCCAUUCCGGAAGGACUUCCGAUCAUUGUGACCGUCACUCUGGCUCUGGGUGUGCUGCGGAUGGCCAAGCGAGGGGCGAUCAUGCGAAGGCUACCGAGCGUCGAGACCCUGGGAUCAGUGAACGUGGUGUGCAGUGACAAAACAGGCACUCUUACGCUCAACCACAUGGCUGUUACCAAGAUGUGGCAUUUCGACUGCCCGGAACCAUUUGAGGUCCACAAUGAUAUCUCCUCUUUGACUCCGGGCCCGCCGCCCGAACCGUUCUCCGAAUCGGUAAUAUUGCCAAUAAUGCCAGACUCUGGCGGCGCAUCUUCGGCAGCAGUGCUCAGUUCUACUGUGGACCGCGCGUCUGGGGCUGUGAAGAGCCGAUGGGUUGGUCAACCGACCGAUGUCGCCAUCUUGGACUUGCUAGACACUUUUGGUGAAGAUGACCUUCGUGACCGCAUCAGCAGGCGCGUGGCUGAAACACCUUUCAGUUCCGAGCGUAAAUGGAUGGGUGUCAUUAUUGGCAGUGGGCAGAACGACGCACCAUCCUUUGCCGGUGCCAAUAACGUUGCCUAUAUUAAGGGUGCUCUGGAACAAGUCCUGACACGGUGUGAUACUUACCUGACCAAGGAUGGUCGUGAGGUCAUCUUGGAUGAGCCGCGACGCCAUACCGUGAGGCAGGCAGCAGAACACAUGGCAUCUGAGGGGCUUAGAGUGCUGGCGUUCGCCAGCGGACCAGUCAGAGACACUCCCAGGGGAGGGAGGGUAUUUGGUAGUAGAUCCGGUACUCCCCUUUCGAGCACAAGUCAGGGUGAUGAGGACGACCGAUAUACUGGACUGGUUUUUGCUGGGCUCACUGGGAUGAACGACCCUCCCCGGAAGGAUGUUCACAAAUCCAUCAGGCGUCUUAUGGCGGGAGGCGGUCAGGAUUUAGAUCGUAUGAGUACUGCGGACCUUGCACAGGCUAUUUCGACCACCUCAAUCUUCGCCCGCACAAGCCCAGAACAUAAAAUGAAGAUUGGGGAUGUCGUGGCCAUGACUGGCGAUGGAGUGAACGAUGCACCGGCUUUGAAGAAGGCAGACAUCGGCAUUGCAAUGGGCAAGUUAGGUACCGACGUUGCCAAGGAGGCUGCGGAUAUGAUCCUAACAGACGAUGACUUUUCCACCAUCUUGCGUGCGAUCGAGCAAGGCAAGGGUAUAUUCUACAACAUCCAGAAUUUCAUUACUUUCCAGCUCAGCACCAGUGUGGCUGCUCUCAGUCUGGUCUUGUUGAGUACUCUAUUAGGUUUCAAAAACCCACUGAACGCCAUGCAAAUCCUGUGGAUCAAUAUCCUCAUGGAUGGCCCACCAGCACAGUCAUUGGGUGUUGAGCCUGUCGACCCGUCCAUCAUGAAUCGUCCACCGCGAUCGAGGACGGCGCGGGUUCUUACGAGACCGUUGAUUCAACGAGUACUUACGUCGGCCUUUAUGAUCAUGCUCGGUACAUUGGCGAUCUAUGUCUACGAGAUGGGCGACGCCGACGAUGUCGCCAACCCCGGGAAGCGUUCCCGCGUGGUGACUGCCCACGACACGACCAUGACGUUCACCUGCUUUGUUCUGUUCGAUAUGUUUAACGCUUUGACUUGCCGCAGCGAGAGCAAAUCCGUGCUUCGCGGCGAAUUGUCACUCUUCGGGAACAAGAUGUUCAACUAUGCGGUUCUGGGCUCCUUGUUCGGACAGGCUUGCGUGAUCUAUGUUCCGUUCUUCCAGCGCAUUUUUCAGACUGAACCACUCAAUGCCGCCCAUCUGUUCAGGCUUCUGUGCAUAUCAAGCACCGUGUUCUGGGUGGACGAGGGUCGGAAAUAUCUGAACGCUGUCAAGCGGCGAAGAGCUGUUGGGGUGGGGUACAGUGUCAAUGUUUGAUAUGGGAAUGACUGAUGGACUGUGCAUUCGAUAGAAAGGAGGCUGCAGGGGCGGUGUUGUCUUGCCUUUUUUGCUGUGUAAUGUGAAAAAGGCACUUAGCCAUUGGACAUGCAUAACUAUACAUAAUCUUAUUAUAC